CUCACUUGCUCUUUUUUUUUCUUUUUUUUUUUCUUUCUCUGUUCUCUCUCUAAAGGUUUUCUGCAGCCCUCUUUUCUUUUUCUAUCCCAUUUUGUAAGUUGUUCGGGUGUUUGGGUCCUGGUUUCUCCGAACAGCCGAGGAAAAGGAAAGAAAGAGGGGGAAAAUUCUUUUGUAAUUACUAUGGGUUGCUUUGGUUGCUCUGGAAGUUCAAGCAAUCAAUCAGAGAACAGCAACAGUAGGAGGAAGAAUAAGAGCAAAAAAAAUAUCGUCGGCAACAACAGUAAUAGCCACAAACGCGAUGAUCAAACGCAACCUAGUUCAGAUACAAUGAAAGUCAGUCCAUAUAGGAAUGUAGAUAAACAGGAGCUCUCUAAGGACGACCAAUUGUCUUUAGAUGUCAAGAAUUUGAAUUUGAAAGAUGAGGUUUCUAAGGAUGGUAAAAGCACUGGAAAGAGGGCAGAGACAUUCACCUUUGAAGAGCUUGCUGCAGCAACAGGGAACUUUAGGUCAGAUUGUUUUUUGGGAGAAGGAGGUUUUGGCAAGGUUUACAAGGGGCACCUGGAGAAAAUCAACCAGGUUGUUGCUAUCAAGCAGCUUGACCGAAAUGGACUCCAAGGGAUCAGGGAAUUCGUAGUUGAAGUAUUGACGUUAAGUCUAGCUGACCAUCCUAAUCUUGUAAAAUUGAUUGGAUUUUGCGCUGAGGGUGAUCAGAGACUUUUGGUUUACGAGUACAUGCCAUUAGGAUCCUUGGAAAACCAUUUACAUGAUUUUCUACCUGGUAGGAAACCACUUGAUUGGAAUGCGAGGAUGAAAAUAGCAGCUGGUGCAGCAAGGGGCUUGGAGUAUUUGCAUGAAAAAAUGAAGCCACCCGUUAUAUAUCGUGAUCUGAAAUGCUCAAACAUCUUGCUUGGUGAGGGAUAUCACCCAAAAUUAUCUGAUUUUGGUUUGGCUAAAGUUGGCCCUAGUGGGGAUAAGACGCAUGUAUCUACAAGGGUUAUGGGCACAUACGGGUAUUGUGCACCGGACUAUGCCAUGACAGGUCAACUAACUUUUAAAUCAGAUAUAUAUAGCUUUGGAGUUGUGCUUUUGGAACUCAUUACUGGAAGGAAAGCAAUUGAUAAUACAAGAGAGCAUAAGGAGCAGAAUCUGGUUGGAUGGGCCCGGCCCUUGUUCAAAGAUCGAAGGAGUUUUUCACAAAUGGUCGAUCCAUUGCUCCAAGGUCAAUAUCCCGUAAGAGGUUUAUAUCAAGCUCUGGCUAUUUCUGCAAUGUGUGUUCAGGAGCAGCCUAAUAUGCGGCCAGUAAUCUCUGAUGUAGUUAUGGCUCUGAAUUACCUCGCUUCGCAGAAAUAUGACCCACAAACUCAUCCAGUCCAAAGCUCCAGAAGGAACCCGUCACAUUCGGAAGCAAAUAGGGCUGAUGAUAGAAGAUUAGGUGCUAGUACAGGAUCCCAGAGAAACUGAGGUCGAUAAAUUAGGAACAAUAAAAGAUGGUAAAUACCUUUUUGCAGUGCCUGUUAUCAAUUCUUGUAUCACAGGGGAUAACAGGCGGAUCUCAUUCACAACCUCAAUCUGACAAAAUAUAGGAAACUUCAUCCUUUUCUUUUUCUUUCAAGAAAAAGAAGUUUCUUCUUUACCGAUUGUUUCAUCUUGCUGAAGUGGUAAAGUUGCAAACUGAAAGAAAGUUACACACGGUUGGUCGUUUGUAGGAUCGGUAAAAAGGAGCAGGGAAAAGAAAAAGAAAAAAAGAAAACAGCUUCUUUUAUUUGUUGCCAUUUACUCUUUUCUUCCUCUUCUCAGCCUCCCAUGGGUGUACAUUUGAGCCUGGGGUCUUGUAUGUAAGAUGCUUCUGUCUAGGAAACUACAUUCCUAUAAAUAAUAGUUUAGCCACCAUUUUCUAAUCCAUGAGCUUGUUGAUGGUCUUGAAA